GUGGACCGUGUUAUCAGAACCCCCUCCCCCGCCCGAAAGGGGUCGCAACCCAGUGCAUAUUAGUUCCGGGACCCAUGCGGAAAAAACAAGUUCCCACUGUAGGGCUGCCACAAGGGUGACAAAAAUACACCGUUGCGAGUUCUCCUCAACUGGCCGUGUUCUCACAUGUAUAGUUCCAGGUAUAACAGUUUGUGAUAAGAAUGGGAUAAAAUUAGGUAGACAAUUUUUAGCUGUCUUUUGAACACAAUUUUACCCACGCGUCAUGUAGGAAGAAUUGACUUUGGCGCUCAAACGUCACGGGGACGUGCCCAGAUGCCGUUCAGGGUCCUUCGUACGCUACGCGUAUUAUUGAACAGCAGAGACUUUUUGGCGUCGACAAGUAUUAAGCCUGGACAGAGUUACAAGGUGUUGCUUUGCUACCGGGCAGUCUACGAAACCCAAACCAAGAUUCGUCUGGUUUGGCCCCAAGCAACCUUUCUUCCUCCAAAGUUCAGGUUGUGCAGUGUGCCUCAAUGCUACCGAAAACGAAGGGCUCCGAUUGGUAGGGACCAUCACCUCGGAGGGCAUACCGACAUUCAUUUGGCCAAUCACCACUCACCAGACAUGUCAAGGGCAGUGAGUCUCAUACAACCACGAGGGGGAUGGUGGCAUGUCCAUGAUUCGGUAAUCACAGCCAACGUCAUUAUUGUCCAUUGCAAGGCCCAUCAUGGUAGUCAUGAAAUGCAACUCUGCCGAGUUGAUGUAGUAACUACCUUACUACAGUCUACAUCGCCGGACCAGACCAUCCCUCGGCUGUCCUUUAUACGUUGUGGUAUCGGAGUCUCGCCUGCUUUUUUUUUUUCUUCCCUCAACUCCUUGGACGCCGAUGCUAACCUUCACGCAAGUUUUGGUAUCAUGUGGUAUCAUGGUUAUCUCAAAAAGAAAAUCCCAAAAGAAAUCAACCCAAAAUGGUCGGACAAGUCAGACCCAAAAUGAUACCCGUGGUCCGAUGAAACGGACCGAGAGAGGGGUAAAGAAGAAAAUCAGACGACGAGAGAAAAAAAAAAAGAACAAGCAAGAA